AUGCACUUCAUCAGCCCAGCUGGAAAGGACGAUGAUCGGGAUUUCGCUAUACACGUAAGUGCAGAUGGGAAUCCGGCGUUCCGAGCUCCGCCGAGCUACGAACGGAGACCAGGGAUGUCGUUGGUUACGCCAAGAAAACGAAAAUCAGAUGGGCUGGGCACGUCAUGCGAUAUAGUGAUGAUCGUCGGACCAGAGCGGUUAGGAGUGGAUCCUUCGGGACGACGGAACGAAACGAACACCAGGACGGCCGGCGUCCCAUGGUCAGACUUCUCCACGAAUCCCCUGAACGAAAGAAGUGUUUUGCCCCGUGUCCCUCAAGCGAGAAUGAUUCACUAG